CGACAUUGAGAGCUUUGGUGCAACUGGAGCUUCUCCCCAUCCAGCACAAUGGAUGACCUCUAUGACGAGUUUGGCAAUUACAUCGGCGAGGCCGCGGAAUCUGACGAAGAGUUUCAACAUGAGGCCGCAAAACCACAGGCAUUUGACUAUGAUGAAGCAUUUGGAGCGGACGAGCUUGAAGAGCCGGCUCAGCAGGAAUUGAUGGAAGUAGAUGAAGGCCCAUCCAAUGCCGUUAUCCUACACGAAGACAAGCAGUACUAUCCCAGCGCGCAACAAGUAUACGGAGAAGACGUGGAGACAUUGGUUCAGGAAGAGGAUGCACAGCCUUUGUCUGAGCCUAUAAUUGCGCCGGUCACACAAAAAAAGUUCGCGAUUGAAGAGAGCGAGUUGCCACCAGUUUUCUUCUCGCGCGAGUUCAUGACAGACCUGUUAAACUUUCCUGACCAAAUAAGAAAUAUCGCGCUUGUUGGUCAUCUGCACCACGGGAAAACCGCGUUCAUGGACAUGCUUGUCAUGCAAACCCAUGAUUUGGCCGAACGACUCGAGAAGAGAACAGGAAGGAAGAGGGACGAACAACUUCGCUACACGGAUGUUCAUCAUUUGGAGAGAGAACGAGGACUCUCAAUCAAGUCGGCGCCCAUGAGUUUCGUACUCCAGAGCUCCAAAGGGAAAUCGCACCUGUUCAAUAUCAUCGACACUCCGGGCCACGUGAACUUUGUCGAUGAGGUAGCCGCCUCGUCGCGGUUGGUCGAUGGUGUCGUUCUUGUCGUUGAUGUUGUAGAGGGCGUGCAGGCGAACACCGAACAAAUUAUCAGACAUGCAGUGCUGGAGGAUCUCCCUCUGACACUGGUUGUGAAUAAGAUGGACAGGUUAAUACUGGAGCUGAAGCUACCGCCGAACGAUGCCUACUUCAAAUUAAAACAUGUGAUCGAAGAGGUCAACACAAUGAUUGAAAACGUCAUGCCUGGCCACGGUGAGAAACGGCGAUUGAGUCCUGAGAAAGGCAAUGUUGCCUUUGCCUGUGCUUCGAUGAAAUGGUGCUUCACUCUACAGUCGUUCGCGAAAAUGUACGCCGAUACUUAUCCUAAUAUUGAGACAGCUGAUUUUGCUAUACGUCUCUGGGGAGAUAUUUUCUUCAACCCAAGAAGUCGAAAAUUCACCCGGAAAGGGGCGGAGGAUAAUUCCAAACGGACCUUUGUCAAGUUUGUCUUGGAACCCAUAUACAAACUUUACUCUCACACGCUUAGCGAAAGCCCUGACGACUUGAAGGGAACUCUCGCCAGUGUAGGCAUCAGCCUAAAACCCUCACAGCUCAGGUCAGACGCGAAGGUGCUGCUCGACCUGGUAUGCGAGCAGUUCUUCGGGCCUGCCGAGGGUUUUGUGGACAUGGUAUUACAGCAUAUUCCCUCGCCCGUGGAGGGUGCUAAGAGAGUUUUGGAACGGUAUUAUACUGGACCUCUAGACACCAAAAUCGCAGCCGCAAUGGCAAACUGCGAUCCGGAUGGACCUCUGGUUGUCCAUGUCACAAAACUUCUGGCAAACACAGAUGCGUCGCGAUUUCAUGCUCUUGGGAAAAUACUGAGUGGCACUGCUCGGCCAGGAUUGCAAACCCGAGUACUCGGCGAAGGCUACACUCCCGACGAUGAAGAAGACAUGGUCAACGCUACUAUUUCAGACACAUGGAUUGCCGAAACUCGGUACAAUAUCCCGACUAGUGGCGUCACCGCAGGGAACUUAGUUCUUCUCGGAGGCGUGGAUAAUUCUAUCGUCAAGACAGCGACGGUGGUAGCCACGAAGUUUGAAGACAAUGAGGAGGCGCAUAUUUUUAGACCUAUACGCCACAUGACCGAAUCUGUCUUCAAAGUCGCAGUUGAACCCGUCAACCCGUCCGAACUUCCCAAAAUGCUUGAGGGUCUCCGCAAAGUGAAUAAAAGUUAUCCUCUAAUCUCGACAAAAGUGGAGGAAUCCGGGGAGCAUAUAGUCCUAGGGACAGGAGAGCUCUAUAUGGACUGCGUGCUUCACGACCUCCGGAGAUUGUUCUCCGAGAUGGAGAUCAAGGUGUCCGACCCUGUUACUCGUUUCUGCGAAACAGUUGUGGAGACGUCUGCAAUCAUGUGCUAUUCAAUAACUCCAAACAAGUUGAAUAAGAUCACGAUGAUCGCCGAGCCGCUAGACGAUGGGAUAGCUGAGGAUAUCGAGACUGGUAAAGUUAGCAUCAAAGACCCAAUCCGGAAAGUGGCCCGGUUCUUCGAAGAAAAAUAUGACUGGGAUAAACUUGCUGCGAGAAGUAUAUGGGCAUUUGGUCCAGAUGAACUGGGACCGAACAUCUUACAAGAUGAUACAUUACCUUCUCAAGUCGAUAAGAAGCUACUUGGAAGCGUCAGAGAUUCUAUAACACAGGGCUUCAGUUGGGGUACCCGGGAAGGUCCUUUGUGUGAAGAGCCGAUUCGGAAUGCGAAAUUCAGGCUCACGGAUGUUUCCCUGGCUGAUCAAGCCAUUUACAGGGGCGGUGGUCAGAUAAUUCCCACAGCCAGACGUGCUGUCUACUCAUCGUUCUUGAUGGCCUCCCCUCGCCUAAUGGAGCCGCUCUAUUCUUGCUCGAUGACAGGACCUGCAGAUGCUGUUGCAUCCGUCUAUACCGUGCUGUCACGGAGGAGAGGCCAUGUCCUUUCAGAUGGACCCAUUGCGGGAACUCCCCUGUACUCGGUUCGCGGUCUAAUUCCAGUCAUAGAUUCUUUUGGCUUUGAGACAGAUCUUCGAAUCCAUACACAAGGACAAGCUGCAGUCAGCCUUGUCUUUGAUAAGUGGAGCGUUGUGCCCGGAGACCCACUGGACCGUGAUGUCAAGCUAAAACCGCUGGAGAUGGCACCCGCAAUGGCGACGGCACGCGACUUUGUUUUGAAGACAAGGAGGCGGAAAGGUCUGGCUGAGGACGUGACCGUAAGCAAGUUUUUGGAGCCGGAACUUUGGAAGGGCUUAAAAGAGAGUGGCGUCCUAGAUUCGUGA